AUGGGGUCGAACUUCUUGGGGUACUCAGAUGAGGAUCACGGGCUCGCCUCGGUGUGGGGUCGCCUCAUCUUUCUCUCGUGUAUUACAACGGGGAUCUUUUACGUCAUAUUCGGCCUCUUUGCGUGCCGCCGGCUCAUAGUGAAGGACAUUCGGUGGCUCCUCAUGGCGUUCCUCUACUUUUCCAUGGGCGUGUGUCACGCCUUUUUCACCCUGACACUCCUCUGCUUCGCCAUUGCUUGCGUUCUUCACACCUUUGAGAAACCAAUGCAGAACGGGGAAAUGAUCAUGUACUCCGGUAUCAUGACCAUCGUCACCAUGUACUUUGCCUGCGGGCGCAAGACCAUCCUUUACUCUCUUUGA